AUGGGAGACCUUUUUUCCUUAUUUUGGGAGGUAGAUCCUCCCCCCAUACCUUUAAGUUUUACCAUUCCUAAUCAGGAUUAUGAAUGCCGGAAGGAUGACUCUUGUGGGGCAAUAGGGAACUUCCUGCUUUGGUAUUUUGCCAUUAUAUCUGUCCUGAUGUUCUUGUCUCGGGCUUCUGUCUGGAUGUCUGAGACUAAAAAGGAUGAAGACGGUGGAACAAGUGCUUCAGUAAGUAAAGCAAGCAAAGAAAAUUCUUAUAAGCGACAAAACAAAGACGGUUCCUGGGCCUUUUCUCAAACAAUGAAAAAAACAAAACAGGGUCAACUUUCCCCAGUAAUGGACUCAGAAGUGGCCUUGGUCAAUGCCUAUCUAGAACAAAGACGAGCCAGGCGCCAGUCUCAACUCCAUCAGGUGAAUCAGACCCAACAUGACAGUGACACUACUGAGUGUGACAGUGAAGAAUCUAACUCAGGAGCCUCCUCAUGGAAGGAGAGUGAAAGUGAGCUGCAUCUAUCCCCAACCAUUGUUAAGAAGAGAAAAAUAGCUCAAAGGCAAGGAAAUCUGGGAAAUUACCAAAUCAGGGAAAGGCCCUGCCUCCACUGCAAAGCCAUGAGAACCAAUGAGUGGUUGACACGCCAUUUCCUACAGAACACUUCAGUAUCAGUCCCCAUGAAGGGAGAUACUCCAGAGGAAAAUGCUAUGCCUGACAUUAAUCCAAAAUUCAACAAAUUUUGAAUUUCAUCUUACCUUACUUGAAGCCAAGUGAAAGAGAUUAAUAAAAAUGAGAACUUACCAGAGCCCUAGGUGAGGAGACUUUUAUAAUAAAGUUUCUCUACUAUCAACAAAAACGUACUUGGAACCCAAGAGGUAAAAUUUCAGACAAUUCUUUUCUUUUUUUUUCUAAAAAAAAAAAGCCAGUGAAUUUGUUUCUGGCACCAUUGGAACACUGAAGAUCUGCAUUCACUGUGAUUUUU